UGUUCCGCACGCUUAAUUCAUAGAUCGUUUGUUUAAUUUAAUUGUUGUUACGUUUUCUGUUCUUCAAUGUAUUUUCGCCAAGUAGCUAAGAAUUAUUUCGGCAAUGCAUUCAAUCCGACAAGUAUAAUAAAAUAUUCCACCCAAAAUGCGUUGCCUUACAAUGCUAUCCCUGGCCCGAAAAGAAUUCCGUUCAUUGGAAUGCUCAACGACAUCAUGCUUCUGGGGAAACCAGCUGAAUUGCACCUACGAAUGUCACAGUAUCAUGAUCUGUAUGGAGACAUAUUUCGCUUAAAAAUUGGAUCCCAAAACACAAUUUUCGUUCGAGAUCCCUCAUUGAUGCGAAAAACCUUCCAGCAUGAAGGUCAAUUUCCAAGGCAUCCUUUGCCGGAGUCGUGGAUUCAUUUUAACAAAAAGUUCGACUACCAACGAGGUUUAUUUUUUAUGGACGGCAAAGAAUGGCUUCAAUCGAGGCAAUUUUUCAACAAGCCAUUACUAAAGGAUUUCAGCUGGAUGAAAAUGCCAAUACGAAACGUAUGCGCUGCAAAGGUAAUGGAAAUUAAAACUAGCUGUGAUGAUAAUUCUGUUGCCAAGAACAUUGAACCAUUUUUGUACAAGUGGUCGGUGGAAGUCGUGUUAAGUGUUAUGCUAGGAACAUCAUUCCAACAGUGCCAAAAGUCGAAGGUGUUUCGCGAUCUCGUUGAUGAGUUCUCCAAAGAGGUGUACAAGAUAUUCCGAUGCAGCGCAGAACUUAUGAACAUACCACCUGGUAUUGCGGAGCGAAUGAAUCUCCGUUCAUGGAAAGAGUUUGAAGAGAUUAUUCCAAAAACAGUGAAAUUAGCUACUUCUAUAAUCGAAUUCGGGACACAACAUACCAACCAGGACGAUGGAUUGUUACACAUGAUGGCUCGAAUGGAUCAAUCGUUAAUGAUGCGAAUCUUUGUAGAUUUCGUAAUUGCUGCGGGUGACACGACUGCUUUUGCCACUGUUUGGGCGCUUUAUUUGCUAGCAUCGAAUCAAAGAGUCCAAAACACUGUACGCAAAAACAUAGAUGAUGCCGCCUGCUUAGAAUCUUCUGCUAUAAAAGGAGUGGUCCGAGAAGCACUAAGGCUUUAUCCAGUAGCUCCCUUUGUAGGAAGAUUCAUUGACAGUGAUGCACUAUUUUGUGGCUACAAAAUUCCCAAAGAGACUUUAAUAUUGCUGUCACUAUACAGUGCCGGAAGAGACUCAAGAUUUUUCUGUGCAUCCAACGAAUUUGAUCCAUUUCGCUGGCAACGAACCAAUAGUGAAAAUCGAAUCAUUUCAGCAACACCAUCGGCAUCAUUACCAUUUGCUAUGGGCGCCCGUUCGUGCAUUGGGAAAAAAAUCGCACAGCUUCAGAUGUACUAUCUGAUAUCGAUGAUAUUAAUGCGAUAUCAGGUGGAUCUGCCAAAACAACAUCCUGAAGUAAAGCCGGUGUUAAAGCUUGUUACUGUACCUAACGUGCCAGUGAAUCUAAUUUUUAAACCUUUAUCAUUAUAGCCAUGCAUGUUGUCGUUUUAUGAUUUGACUAUAUUUUCUGAAUAAAUAUAAUUUAUAAGUAACAACAAAC